AAAGAUGCAGCAGCACAGACUUGACCAUCAACUGCGAAAUCUACCUCUGUCUUUGAACAAACACCUUUCUCAGUCACCUCCACCUGAGAAUACAACUCAGACUCAGAAAGCUCCUGCGUACAGCCAAGAAGCAACAAUACUCGACCAACACAGCUAGAUACGCUCACUACUCAUACCUAUCCAUUAAACACAAACCUGCAGCAACCACCCACCAUGUCGAAGAAGGUCACCAGCGAAAACGUGCCUCCCAAGCACGAAGGCGUCGGCUCCGUUCCUUCGGACUCCCUCGCGGCCGACUCCAUCCGCUCCGGCGGUGCCUUCGCCCAAGGCAACCCGUCCGCCUCCGCAGGCGACUCGGCCUCGCAGAACCCACGGGCCAAGGCCCCCGGCACCGCCCAUCAGAGUCACCCCACCGCCCAGCAAUCGAAGCACGAGAAUCCCGAGCAGGGCGCGCCGGCGCCGACCUACAUUUUCCACCAUGGCCGUAACCUGCCUGAUCCGUCCGGCCGCCCACACGGCAAGAAUAUCAAGGAGGGCGGAUUUGCCGAAAGCGAGACCGGGGGUGGAAGCAUGCCGGAGCCCGGAAGCAAGCAGGAUCCCGGGCGUGUCGCGUUGAGGGAUAUGCUGACUAGCACCGCACCCGUAGUCAACCCGGGUGCCAAAAAGGGAAGCCAGGAGGGAGGGGACGUUCUGCCGUUAGAGACGCGCGAGACGGGAUUUGAAGCGUUGGGAGGGGAUACUGAGGCUUGAACCUAGAACAGUUGAACAAUGAAGGAAGUGUACGAUAUGAGGAG